GUGUGGCAUAUACGGAUACGACAAAAAUAAAUAAGCAUAGAAUUACAAAAAAAAGACACAGCAGUUUUAUUCAACUCCAUAACCUGAACGCAUUAACCCCAUAAUGUAAAUAUUUGGAAUAUUUCACACAUCUAACAAAGAUUAUAGAAAGAAGAAAAGAUAAAAGGUUCAAGCCAAGAUAGCAGUGAUCACGUGAUUUCUCGGAAACUGGGAACAGCCGUGUGUGUAUGUGACCGGAGCAGCAGCGAUCACCCACCCACACACACACACACACACACCCUUUCACCACGGAACAAGACAAGUCGAUCGACAGAAGGCAACCAGGCAACAUGGUACAGUUGUAAGCGAUACAGACUGCUCCGUUUGUUUCAUUUCCAGUGUAAUUCAUCGCCGAAUUCUACAGUGUACUGAGAAAAAGAAGAAUGGCGCCGGGUAAAACCCGCUGUACACGCCGGCUUCGCUCAUGGAUGGUGGAGCAGGUGAGCAGUGGGAAAUACCGUGGUCUUGUAUGGGAUGAUGAGGAGAAGACUAUGUUUCGUAUCCCGUGGAAACAUGCUGCGAAACACGACUUCCGCUGUGACGAGGACGCUGCUAUCUUCAAGGCGUGGGCAGAGUUCAAGGGGAAGUUGUCUGAUAGCGAACCGGCCGGUCCCGCCUCAUGGAAGACGAGGCUGCGCUGUGCUCUGAAUAAAAGUCCUGAGUUCUGUGAGGUCACAGAGAGGUCACAGCUUGACAUCUCCGAGCCCUACAAAGUGUACCGCCUCGUCCCGCUCGAUGAGCAGGGACUGACUGAACUGAAGAAAGAAGAAGAGGAGAAAGACUUGCGGAGGAGCAAACACAGGAAGAGGAAGAGCAGCUCGGAGAUAAGCAAAGAGAGUCCGAAGAACUGGAUUAAAAUGGAGGAGGCAGCUGUCGCAGUCCAGAGCAUUACCAGGGAACUUGAGGCCACUACAGGAACUAACAUCACUCUUCAUCCAGAUGAACAAACAGAGCAUGUUGAUAUGACGAAGAACGACGAAGUCAUUGAUGAGAUCCAGUUAAACCUCACAGUGGAAACCAUCCCUCCUGGACCCGUCAGAGAAUGCCCCUCAUUCUCCAUAAGGGCUUAUUACCUUGGAGUGGAGGUGCUGAAGAAAGAGGUGAUGAGCGAUGAUGUUCGCAUCGCUUUCUUCCCGCCAUCCCCAGGUCCGCCCUCUAUAAACAGUGCGAGUUUCCCUCGAGUUCCUCUUCCUCCUCCUCCCUCCAACUUCACCCCCAAUCAGAUUAGCUCCCUUUCCACCCUGAUGCCGUACAUGGAAGGUGGCGUUGUUCUCACCACGUCCAGCCGAGGUGUUUACGCCAAACGUCUCUGUCAGGGACGGGUUUUCUGGAAGGGACCGCACACGCUCACGGACACGGCAAGCAAGAUGGAGAGAGGCGUGAAACCGACCCUGAUCUUUAACAAACAAUUCUUCAAACAAGAGUUGGAGCAGUUCCAUAAUGGAGGAAAACAACCUGAAACUGAGAUCACUCUCUGUUUCGGAGAGGAACUUUUGGAAGGCGACGACAUUUCUAAGAAACUCAUCAUCAUUAAGAUCAGUCUACCCUGGGCUGAGAAACAGAAGGGAAUGCACGCAUUGACACAGUCCAUCUCCUUGCUGCAGAGUUUAGCUCAGCAGUCUCCGUCAGGAGAAAUCACCCUCAAUCUGGUGGAGCUUCCUGAACAGACGUUCACCAUGCUCUGAUUGACUUCCUGAUCCCCUGCAGUCUGUCUGGAGGUUUGUGAGGGAUUCGGAGUCUCACUACACAGAGCGUCGCUCCUGAGGGUUCCUCCUGAGGUUCUGCAGAACUGUAAUCAUGUACUCUCUUCAUUGUUUUUCUAGUAACUAAAACCCAGUCUUGUGCUUCUUCUUGUAAAACACUAAUACACGAUUAGAAAACACCAUUGUUAGCAAUGUUACCUAUUAAACUAUUGUUUAAACAGA